AUGCAUGUUAAGAAAGCCUUCACGUUGAUUGCUGGUGCAAUUACGGCGGUCUCAUGCUGGAGCAAUGAGGUGCCCGCCCAGCGAUCGUACAUGUAUGUCGGUGGACAGUACAUGUUGAACAGUGCUGGUCAACAUGUCUUCACGGAUCAGAUGUACGUGGAGAAACUGACGCCGUCCGCGGGUGCAACCAAGCCCCAUCCCAUUGUCUUCAUUCACGGACAAGCCCAAACCGGUACUAAUUGGCUCAACAAGCCUGACGGAGGCGAAGGCUGGGCCUCGUACUUCAUUUCUCAGGGAUACGAAUGCUACAUUAUCGACCAGACCUUCCGUGGCCGUAGUGCCUGGUUCCCCGGCAAUGGAACGAUGAGCACCUACAGCGCCGAGGUGUUGCAGCAGCGCUUCACUGCAGCAAAGCAGUACAACCUCUGGCCGCAGUCCUCCCUGCACACUCAGUGGAACGGCACGGGUGUCAUGGGUGACCUCAACUUUGACACCUACUAUGCUUCGACCGUGGAGUUCCUCGCUUCAUCGACCUCUCAAGAAUCGACUGUCCAAGCCGCCGGUGCGGCCUUGCUCGACAUCAUCGGUUCCCCGGCUAUUCUCCUCUCCCACUCCCAGGGUGGUGUUAUGCCCUGGCUCAUUGCCGAUGUGCGCCCGGAGCUUGUGCAUUCCAUCGUCUCGAUUGAGCCUACCGGCCCUCCCUUCCAGGAUGCCAUCUUCAGCAACUCCACCACACGCCCCUACGGACUUACUGACAUCCCGAUGACCUUUGAGCCCGCCAUCGCCAGCCCUAGCGAGCUUGUGAAGCACGUUAUCCACUCCAACACGUCGAUGAAAUCCGACUGCGUGCUCCAGGCCGACUCUCCCGCCCCGAGAAAACUUGCCAAUCUCGCCAAGGUGCCUGUUCUGGUCAUGACAACUGAAUCAUCUUACCAUGCGCCGUAUGACUGGUGCACUGUUCAGUUCCUGAAGCAGGCUGGUGUCUCGACAGAACAUCUCCAACUGGGCGAUAUCGGUAUCCAUGGCAAUGGACACUUGGUGUUCAUGGAGAAGAACAGCCAGGAAGUCGCUGCUGUUCUGCAGAAGUGGAUGGAGAAGAAGUAA